AGAAGUUGAGCUCUGCAGUUAAAUUUAUCCCUCUAUUUUCAGUAACGUUGGGCUUCCCUUUGUGUGAGUACCCUCCUGGAGGGACGAUGCCCUUCAUAUAAAACGACCCGACAUUGUCCUUUAAUCCACAUUACAAUCUUCGCCAGCAUAAUCUCCUGCUUGAAAAUAUUACUUGAACAAUUAAACUCUUCAUACAAGUGUAUUAAACUAAAUUUUUUCAAUUUAACUUGUUUAAAGAAAUCAAAUAAUUUCAUCCACGUUCGCCGAUAUUAACGAGUUCGACCACUUAAUCUGUUUAAAAUAAAUUUUCGAAAUUCUAAACUGGACCGGAAACAAUACAUAAUUUCUGUAGCAAUUCGUCAGAAAAGAAAUCAAAGACUUUCACCUUCAUGAAGUUAUUUGUGCCCACCACGUUUUCACGGCGUAGGAACGCCGUGAAAUUUGUCACACGUGGCAAAAAUGGAGUCCAAUUAAUAAAGGGUUCCACUUACCCAAGUUUAACAAAGGAUACAUUCCCACUCUAAAUGAAGGGACAUUCUUAAAGUAUAUUUUAAGGAACCCUGGGCUCCAGGACAGGCUAAGGGACAUUUUGGACAUAAAGGACCUUCACCACAAAAUGUAUCAACCACCAUCACCACAACCAGUCUUCGCCACUAUCGUCACCAUCAUCUUUGCACCGCCCCUGCUGAAGCAUGAAGUUCAAGAUCACACAUUCUCCAGUUAAUUCGACACCAAGAUUCCAUAAGGAGAAACUAAAAUGAAAACUAACCAAGAAAUGGAAAACGCAAAUGAAUGUUACGAAAUUCAUCAGCCCGAAAACACCUUCAGCAUUCUUCCCCCUGAGAUUAUCGACCAGAUAUUCACCUAUUUAACCCUCUCGGACCUAAAAACCGCUCGGCAAGUUAACCACGACUGGUUCAACUUAUCCCGUCAACGCUACAGAAGCUUGGCUGUCAUUAAAUUUGACUCAUCUGCACGAUGUAAUGGACCCGAACUAUCCGAAUACAUUGCAUCCUACCCGCACUACCUGCACCGCAACUUUGAGAUCUUCACCACUGUCCCGCACGGGACGAGUGAGACAUGGUCGUACCACUCGUAUCAAGCUUUUUUGCGAAAUAUUGGCAAUUUUUUUCAAAACCAUGGCUCCCAUUGUGACCGACUAGCAUUCCAUCAUAUUGGGCGUGUCCCUAAUGAAACACCUCAAAGCCAAAUCUGGUCAUUUUUUUGUAAUUUACUAAGCACCACUCUAAAUUUGACGUCCCUUCACGUGCACAUGAAUUUUUUUGUGGAAGAUGACUUCCACGUGGACUCUUUCCCAAUUAUGAGUCUCGUAAAUUGGUCACGUGUUCGAGAACUCCACGUAAAUCUGUGUCCAUAUGGGUACGAUAUUACCAAAACAAACAAGUUUUCCCACGUGCUGCCCACCAUUUUCAGAAAAGCUGUUAAUCUAACAAACCUUACGAACAGUGGUCCCAUCGAAGACUCUAUGGAGGGUUUAAGCCUCGCUACGAGUGAUACUGGCGGAAAAACUUUACGCAAUUUGGACCAACUUGGAUGCCCAGGAUUUCCUUUGAAUCAAUGUAAAAUCACGGAGGAGGAAAACCGGACUAUUCUGAGAUUAAAUAUAAAGCUUAAAAAAGUGUCUCUACGUGUCGUUGGGAAUGUUGAGCUACAAAUUCUGCACAAGUUUAAAGAAACUUUGGAAGUCGUGUGGCUCAUCGCGUACGGUCCAGAUUUUAAACUCCCACCACUUCCGCGACUGAAGAGGCUUUCCGUUCAAGACCAAGUGACAACCCAUGAAGAAAGUCAGUACCGUAGAAAUGAAUGGAAAUAUCUGAAAAAAUUUAAGAUAACAAUGAACUUAUUCGAAAUUGGAGACUUGUUUAAGGCACCCCAAAAUUUAAACGUAUACCUCCCUUAGCUUCGCCACUUCGAAUACACCAUGUUCUCGAGGUUAUACACAGAACUGAAUGAGAAUGACUACGGCGUUGAAUUAUACAAUAUAAUAUUUCCGAACUGUGAUACGCCAAUUUACAGAAUUGUCAAAUUGAAUAUCACCUAUCCAUCCAAUCCAAUUAACUAUCAACUGAUCACUGUCCAGUUAGUCAAACUUUUUCCUAACGUUCACAAUCCUCACUUAAAUUAUGCAAGAAAUAUAAGCAAAUGAAUAGUUUAAGAAUAAUGUGUCAUACUUGAAAUAUGUCAUAAUUAAUAUGAAACAAUCAUAAAAUGGUCAUACAUACUUGUUUUGAGUAUUUUUUUUCAUUCAAAAGUCAGUUAUGUUUUCUGACUGAAGAUUUUCGUUUACAUACAUUCAGUUAUUUUCUAUCAAAUUCAUUUCAUUCAUUUCGAAUCCUUCACUCAUUUUCAUUAAAAUCACGGGAAAUUAAUUUUCAUGCACUAUCAUUCUCCAUCAUAAUCAGUCACAUGAACGAAAGUAAACAGGUAUGGGAUUGUUAGAUUGUUAGAUUUGCUAACUUAGAGUUUAAUAAGUCGGUAAUCGAUAAAUUUGCAUGCUAAAAUUGUGAUGCAAUUUAUAAAAAUAUAUACAUACCUACAUAAAUUAAUGUACAACUAAACUAGGCAUUUGUAUGAAUAAGCUAAAUUUAAAUACUGUUCAACAAAUAUUUAUUCUUUUGCAUGAAGAA